AUGUCAAUUGCACCAAGGGACUCUCAUGAAGCACAAGUUCAAUUUGCUUUGGAAAGAGGUGUUCCAACAAUCAUUGAUGUUCUUGGAACAAUAAUGCUUUCCUUCCCGUCCGGAGCUUUUGAUAUGGCACAUUGUUCUCGCUGCUUGAUUCAAUGGGGUUCAAAUGAUGGAAUAUACAUGAAGGAAGUGGACCGGGUUCUUAGACCUGGUGGUUACUGGGUAUUGUCUGGUCCUCCUAUCAACUGGAAAAUGCAGUUUCGUGCGUGGCAGCGUCCUGAAUAUGAGCUUGAGGAGGUACAACGGAGGAAGAUUGAGGAAAUUGCUAAACUUCUAUGCUGGGAAAAGAAAUAUGAAAAAGGUGAAACUGUGAUCUGGAGAAAACAAUUGCAAAGUAGUGAUUGCACUGAAAGAGAAACUCAAACAAUUCUUAUAAUUGGCCCUAUCGCCGCAGAAACACCAGAGAACGUAGACCACCACACCGCGAAACGCCUGUCCGCUCUUCACGACAACGCCAUUAAACAAGGACUCUGGCACCGCAAAUACGUCAAGAAUCGAGCCAUCGCAGAGGCGCUGCUGCUACAAGACUCACUGCGCCGCGAGAAAGGAAUUCACAUCCUAGCCACCCGAACUCACAUCCCCAACGUGCAAAAACUCCCUACCCAUUACCAAGAAAGAGAAGAGAAAUGA